GAAAAGUAGGCUCCCCCAUGGGGAGAAGGGGGGACCGUGUGUUGUUACAACCGUGCCUGCGGAAGUGACAUUAGAAGAGUGGUGCUGUUUUGGAAGCGCCAUAUCGCGCCAGAAGUGUGUGGCAAACGUGCUUGAGAAGCUUCCCCGUAUGUGCACGUGUGUGUGCGAGAGAGAGAGAGGGAGCGAGAGAUUAUCGAAAGUUGGCGAGGUUUUGAUUUCAUAGUGCACGUGGUGACUAGGGCGCCUCCCGGUAGUGGUGAUAGCGUGCGCUGCAGGAGUUAACGUGUGGCGCCGUUCCCUUCAAGUAGGGAAAUUCAGUUUAAUUUGUAUCAGAUCAUCAUUAUUAGAGUUGGCUUCUUCUUGCGUCUUUUACACAAGUCUGCAUCUUGACACCAGUCGGACCAGUGAAGCAAUAAACACGAACUAUCAAACGGUAAUGGUCCCAGCGAGUUUGAGGCUCACAACAACGACGAUCGCUGUCCGCAUUUUGCCAGUGGCAUCGCGUAGCAAGCGACCAGAGCCCAGCCCGGGUGGGGACAAGCGCGGCUUCGUGUGGCAUCGUGUGUCUGUUAUCCCCAAUGUGUAAGCCACCGGUUGAGGCGCACAAGAACAGCGGCAAUGGUUUAAACUUAACCUUUUUAUCACUGUGUCCAACCGGUUGAAGAAGUUAGUGAAGGGAGCGGGAGAAAAAGAAGGAGAAAGAGAUGUUUUUUUUUUCGUUUUGUUAGAAAAGUUAUAAAUUUUCCAGUUUCGUGUCAGUAGUGUCACCGGCAGCAAGUGCACCGAAAGUGCUCUCACCUGUCUUGUGUUGUCUUUCGUCAGCUCAUCAUCAGUUGGCUGUUGUACUGGCUCGGCUGAGGAGCUGCAAACUCGUAUACAGCCCCCACACGUAACACAGCCAGCCAGCCAGACAGCUGGAGCAAGGAGAUCGGCGCGGAAGAGAACAACCGAGUUGCUACAACACCUUUACUACUUGCUCUCUGGCCACGAUAAUGUAAGCACGCGCGUAACAGAUGUAACAGGAUUGGCACGCACGAUCCCCAUCCCGCACUUCUUGCAUCAUCCCGGAAAACGGUUCGGCAAAUUGUGGUGAAACACGAAAACUGCAAGGAUUCACCAUCAACACCAGUUGGAACGGAACGGCGCCUAAUUGGGUGGUUGGAGGACGAGUGAUGACGAACGGCACGGCACACGAUCGCGAUCACAGCCAUCAUCAUCAUCCGCAAUAUCAUCCGCAUCAACAUCAUGCAGGAACAGCAACACCCUCCUCCUCGUCAUUAUCAGCAACGGCAGCCAGCAAGUUGGUGCCACCAUCGAUGGCGAGCGUGCUCGUGAUCGUGGCCGCACUAUUGCUGUGCGGACUGCCUGGGCAGUGUAGCGGGCAGCGGGAAUCGCAGCUGCGGCUAGGCAAAGCGAUCAACGUGUUCCUGCGCUACGGCUAUCUGUCGAUAUCGAUGAAGGUCAUCUCGUACAACGAUACCGAACGAUGGCUGUUCAAGGAGCCGACCAACAACAUCUUCACGGGUCUGGAUCUGCUCAAGACGGAAGAGUUCGAGGUAAAGCCGGGCAUCUUUAACGGCGACUUCCACAUGGAGUUCUGCGACAACCGGCGCCAGCUGUUCCAGGCGUACUUCCGCGACUUCCAGAUCGAGCGGCUGGACAGCCCGUGGCGGGCGUACACCGAGGGCUGGCACCCGGAGGUGGCCGCCAAGAAGCUAGGCAUCCAAAGCAAGUACCUCGAGCGGGACGACUACUGCUACGUGCUGGUCCGGGUCGCCCGGUACCGGGACAGCGCCCGCUUCACCAAACCGAUCCCGCCGAACCAGACGCUCGAGCCGGAGGUGGCGCGCAAGAUGCAGAGCGUCGUGAUCGGCGACACGACGUCCGCGGUGCAGUUCAUGAACCAGUACGGGACGCACUAUAUCAACGCGUACGUGACCGGCAACUCGCUCUAUCAGGUGUUUGUGUUUAACAAGCGCAACUACGGCUACGUGAAGGAUAAGCUGAAGAAGCGGGGCGAAAUGACGGUGUCCAAGGUGGACCUGUACGAUCACUUCGCGCCGUGGUACGUGGAGCACAUGGGCAAGAUACGGUGCGCCAGCGGGAACGCGACGAUCGAAACGUGGGCCGCCCGGAAGCUGCGCCUGUCCUACUACGUCUUCACGUACAGCAGCCUGCUCAAGCUGCACGGCGACGGCUCGCUGCUGCGGAUACUGAGCGCGCUGCUGCAGAACGAAGCGAUCCUGCAGCUGGACAUGCGCUCGCUGAGCGUGCUGUUUAAGGAUCCGGCCAAGCGGGCCUGGUACGAGGAGAUACUGGACAACUAUCUCAAGCUGUGGGAAGUGAACAUGUAGCCGGAGGCGAAGCAGCGGUCACAGCGGUGAUCCGCGAGACGGAAGUACGCUAAUGGUGGUGUUGGCCGGUGGUGAUUUCCUACGGAAAUUGUCCACUGCUCACUGUGGUAAUCGAUCCUGGGGGGAAGGGGGUGACUUCUGAGCUCUGUUACGAGUUACGAGUAGACUAAUUUAACGCGCGUCUUCUUCUGGAGGCACCUUCGCCCGCCUUUUUGAGGUAUUUGGGAGCGCACACCGUUGUAGCUUCACGGUUCCAGUGGGCUGUGGGCCACACCAAAGCCACGCAGGCCACACGCGCAAGGUGCAAAUGAGUUUUAUUGCAGUGAUGGCACACACACACACACCCAAAACUCCCACACAUUAGUCUUAAGCUUGGAGUAAAAGGGUCCCCUUCGGAAUCCACAAGUGUCAUACACACACACACCGGAAAAAGCUUCACUCUAACUACACACACUACUACUACCACUACUGCUACUAUUACUAUUACUACUACUACUACUUUCACAUGCUGUGAUAGACUUAGUUGACUCUAGAGUGUUUGCCAGGUUGUAUGGACCUCCCCCAACCCUCCCAACCCAUCUUCCGGGAGAGAAACCAGCAGCCCUAAACACGCGGAGUAGACACGCGUUUUGUACCGGGAAAGUCGGCAUUAACAUGUGGGACAACACAACCACGCAGCAUUAUGGCACCACGUGUGUGCCCCGUGUGCGUGCGUGCGUGCGCAAUCGUUAGGGGGAAGAGUGGUAGACAGAGCAAGUAGAUUAAUUUGAGCUAAGGAUCCUUUUUUACGCGUAAGAUAAUGGAUUAAAAAUCAACUAGUGAUAGUCAUAUUUAAGCCGGACGGAGUAAAUAAAAAGAACAAGCUUUAAGGAGAAAUGA